GAUCAUUGCAUAGUAAUGUCAGAUACUCAUAUCACUAUAUAUACAGCUACAGCAAAAUGUCAUACAUACUCUCAGAUUCAUUUGAGAUUUACAAGUGACAGAGUGAUAAUUCCAAUAAUCAUCAUGAAGUUUGCUUUGGCGUUUGUGUUGUUGAUCAGUAUUUCUUGCCAUAUUGGACGAGGAUAUUGUGCUCCAGAUACAUUAUAUGAAGAUUUAAAAUACGAAGUGAAUCAAGCAAUAGACUAUACUGCAGACACUUACCAUUCGAUAAUGAAUGCAUUAACACCAAAUGAUAUGCCAGAUAUGCCAGAUAUGCCAGAUAUGCCAGAUAUGCCAGAUAUGCCAGAUAUGCCAGAUAUGCCAGAUAUAGCACCUGAUUCAUUAGAGAACGAAGCAUCUGAUUUGAAAGAUUCUUUUGAUCAAAUGGAGUCUGCAGCUGGAAAUUUGAUAAAAAGUGGCAUGAACCAGUUAAAUAACGCUGUACAAAAUGCUUAACAUUAUACUUAGAAACAAUAAAAGUAGAUUUUAUUAAUGCAAAUUUUAAUAACUACAUUCUAACUAUAAAAAAUGCUAUUCAAUUUAUUCUACAUAUUUA